CAGUCACACCCUUUUUCACACCCUUUUUUGCAUACUCUUAAGUCUCGCCUCUUUUGAUAAACUAUAAAAUGGGCAGUAAAACAGAAACAUCAACUCAUUCUCCUCCUGAUCAAAGAUGCAUCUGCAAAUCUCAGCUUUUCUUUUAUUUGCUCUUUUUACUGCAGGACACUCUUUAUUCUGUAAUCAGUGCCCGGGUCAGCAGAGCUCCUGUGAUCAGAUACCAUGCCCCAGUGGUUUUUCCAGCUGCUUUGCUGCAACUGCAUACGCAAGUGCAUUAGGUUCCAGUACUUCUCUGGCAACAGUUAAAAGUUGUGCUCCAGCAAACGGCUGUCCGAGUGGCUCCAUUAACCUCGGCAAUGUAAAACUGACUUCUUACUGCUGUAGCACAGACCUGUGUAAUAAAGAUGAUGCACCAGAUCCCAGCAAUAACAUGCCGAAUGGAAACCUGUGUUACACGUGUGUUGGUGUGGACUGCACAGCUAAAAUGGCCUGCACAGGGAGUGAAGACCGCUGCAUGAAAGCAACAUGGACUUUAGGAGGCCAGACACUGGGUGUGAAAGGCUGUGUGUCUAAAUCUAUCUGUGAUGCCGCAAGUUUGGUUCCUAAUGUUAAGGGCAUCUCAUGCUGUCAGGGAAACUUGUGUAAUGGAGCUAAAAGCAUCACUCAAAGCUUCCUGUUCCUCUGUUUUCCUCUGCUCUCCUUUAUCCUGAUGCACUGAAUACAUGUUAAGAUUCUAUGUUAUUUACAAAUACUGUAUAUAGCGGGUAUGUCUUCCUUACUGUAUUUGGAGAUUAAUAAUCGAGAUGGGUUUUAAUACAGAUUUAUAAUUGGAGUUAUGUGCAUAUUAUGUCAUUUCUGAAUACAGGCUCUAAAGGGCAGUUUGUAAAAGAGUCAAUAGCAGUGUGAUGAUCCAUUAUAAACAUGCAUUUAUGAAAUAUGAACACUGUAUCAUUGUUCGUUUUUUACUGGAUUGUUUGUUUAAGUACACAAUUAUAAUUAAAAUUAUCUGUGAUUUAAAAGCAUACAAUAUUGACUUCUAUAGCUUAUUCAUGCAGUGUUUUUAACCAAUUAUGAAAUGCCUUUACAGUAUAUGUUUGUUUGAAGUACUUUGUUGUUUUUCCCCAGCAAAUACUAUUAAAAUUUUAUUAAAACUGAUUUUAAAUUAACUGAACUUGACUAAAAGCGAUUAAAGGAACAUUUAAUUUCAGAUCA